AUGGGAACUGUAUAUUAUGGGCCAGGUGGAGUUAUUCAGCGAGUAGAAGAAGAACCAGAAGACUCUGCAAGUGACACAGAUGAUGUGGCCAAUUUAGGAUGGUCACCAGCUGUAGAAGAGUUGGAAGGUGAUGUUGCUGAUGCUUUUGAGGAAUUCUUACGACUGCAACAAUGAGGAAACUCUGUACACAAGGCUAGAGUGUUAGUUUAAUGAAGCCUUAUUCCAUACUGCAGGAAAUACUUUGGUAUGGUAGAUAAUUAUCUAUACUCAUUUUACAGGUGUAAUAUUUUAUGAUCAGUGUAACUCAGCCUUACAGUGCAUUGAAGUCCCAGUAGAUUUUAUGUUUAACUAAAUGAAUGUUUCAUUUAAUCUCCAGGGAUGUAAAUAUUUGUGAAAUAUAAGUAAACAGGGCAGGAAAGUUCUCAGUAGCCUGAAAUUAAAGAUUUAAGUUCUUAAGGUCAGGGUGCACAUCUUUAUUGUAUUUUUAUGCUUCUCUUUUAUAGUAGUGGUUCUGGGAAUAUUAAUUUUUCAUCAGCCUGCAGAACUAAAGGUGCCCAACUAUACAAAAUUUAGACAAUUAUGCAAUAUUUCAUAAAGGUUAUCCACCAUUAAAUUACCGAUCAUGUUAUCUUUAUAAUGGAGUAUUGAUAUAUGUUAUUCAGUACACAUGAGAGUAUUGUAUUGUACAGUCAGUCUUCUGUGUUGAAUUAAAAGAAAAAUAAGAAAGAAAAAAAAAAUCUAGGGCUUAAUGAGGUAUACUCUGUUGUAACAAAUCUCCCGGUGGUUGACUGUCAAAUCUGCUUUUGAGGCUUUUUGAAUUCCUAUUUUGUAAAUGAAAAAAAUAUAUGUUGAUUACUCA